CUUCGCUGUAUAAAUGAGCUGGAGUUUGAGUGCUCGGUAUCGCUUACGCUGUCUAAACGUUGAAACUGAAAGGACCGACGGCGAGGCGGGGAGCUGUGGGUUGAGUAAAUAGGUUCGGUUAAUUACUCCUUUUAACUGAACCUCUGGGCUCAGUAAAGCCGAGUCGGUGUGGCUUUCUCGGGUAACCCCGUGGCUGGGGUAUGCUGUCAGUACAUAAAGCGGUCCUCCAACUUAAGGCAGAAGUGUUGCUAUGCUGCAAAUACAGUAGAGCCCCAUAUGUUUAGGAUUUUCUUUUUUUUUUAGCUCCCUGUUAGAAAGUUUGAAAAAAAGAGACUUUGAAGUAUUUUGUUUAUACUAACAGAAGAGAAAAGUUCUCCUAAGAAAAAGCUGGUGGCAGGAGUGUAGAGGAGUAGCAUAUGGCAUUAAAAGGAGCACAGCUGGAGGUAGCAUUUCCAUCUGAACAUGAUGUCAGAGCAGCUGACAGCCUGCCAUCCCUCAGCCUUUUAUUCUAACACACAGACAGGGAGUUAGUGUGUGCAGAUCUGUGUGUGGAGAAGGUAUCUCAUUCCUCUCUAACAUCAUCUCCACUUUGCAUCUGUCUCUCCUAGUCUGCUUUUUUUCCACCGAUCUAACAGACCUGGAGCCAGCAAGACUCAGAGGAAAGGACUUAAUCAGGUUUAUGUGUACUAAAGGUUAUGAAGACAGUAUGGAGUUUCCUGACCACAGUAGACAUUUGCUACAGUGUCUGAGUGAGCAGAGACAUCAGGGUUUUCUUUGUGAUUGCACUGUUCUGGUAGGAGAUGCCCAGUUCCGAGCGCACAGAGCUGUACUGGCUUCAUGCAGCAUGUAUUUCCACCUCUUUUACAAGGACCAGCUGGACAAAAGGGACAUUGUUCAUCUGAACAGCGACAUUGUUACAGCCCCAGCUUUCGCUCUCCUGCUUGAAUUCAUGUACGAAGGAAAGCUCCAGUUCAAAGACUUGCCCAUUGAAGACGUGCUAGCAGCUGCCAGUUAUCUCCACAUGUAUGAUAUUGUCAAAGUCUGCAAAAAGAAGCUGAAAGAGAAAGCAACCACGGAGGCAGACAGUACAAAAAAGGAGGAAGACGCCUCAAGUUGUUCAGACAAAGUGGAGAGCCUCUCCGACGGCAGCAGCCACAUGCCAGGAGACUUGCCCAGCGAUGAAGAUGACGGAGAAGAUGAAAAAUUGAACAUCCUGCCUAGCAAAAGGGACUUGGCGGCUGAGCCUGGGAACAUGUGGAUGAGAUUGCCCUCAGACUCAGCAGGCAUUCCCCAGACUGGCGGAGAGGCAGAGACGCACGCAGCAGCAGCUGGAAAAACAGUAGCCAGCCCCUGCAGCUCAACAGAGUCUUUGUCCCAGAGGUCUGUCACCUCCGUGAGGGAUUCAGCAGAUGUUGACUGCGUGCUGGACCUGUCUGUCAAGUCCAGCCUUUCAGGAGUUGAAAAUUUGAACAGUUCUUAUUUCUCUUCGCAGGACAUGCUUAGAAGCAGCCUGGUUCAGGUGAAGGUGGAGAAAGAGGCUUCCUGUGAUGAGAGUGAUGUUGGCACUAAUGACUAUGAUAUGGAACAUAGCACUGUGAAAGAAAGUGUGAGCACUAAUAACAGGGUACAGUACGAGCCGGCCCACCUGGCUCCGAUGAGGGAAGAUUCGGUCUUGAGGGAGCUAGAUAGAGAGGACAAGGCAAGCGAUGAUGAAAUGAUAACUCCAGAGAACGAGAGAGUCCAGGUGGAAGGAAACAUGGACAGCAGCUUGCUCCCUUACGUGUCAAACAUACUUAGCCCCGCUGGCCAAAUUUUCAUGUGUCCUCUUUGCAACAAGGUCUUUCCUAGCCCCCACAUCCUGCAGAUCCAUUUAAGCACGCACUUUCGAGAGCAGGACGGGAUCCGCAGCAAGCCUGCUACCGAUGUCAAUGUCCCGACCUGCUCAUUGUGUGGUAAGACUUUUUCUUGCAUGUACACCUUGAAGCGUCAUGAGAGGACUCAUUCAGGUGAAAAGCCCUACACUUGCACCCAGUGUGGGAAGAGCUUCCAGUACUCCCACAACCUGAGCCGCCACGCAGUGGUUCACACGCGGGAGAAGCCUCAUGCUUGUAAGUGGUGUGAACGCAGGUUCACGCAGUCCGGAGACCUUUACAGACACAUUCGGAAGUUUCACUGUGAGUUGGUGAACUCAUUGUCUGUCAAAAGCGAAGCACUGAGCUUACCUACUGUCAGAGACUGGACCUUAGAAGAUAGCUCACAAGAACUUUGGAAAUAAAAUUUUUAUAUAUAUAAAUAAUAUAUAUAUAAAUCUAUAUAGUUGUGGUACAGUCUAAAAGCAAUCUUGUUUCCUUGAACUGAAAGUUUGGCUAUUAGCUUGUUUUUGCACUUUAAGGCAGCAUGAAUAUUUCACUAAUUUAGCACUCUGAUAAAAAUGAACUGUAGAGGUAAUCCGACAAAGUAACAAAUUACGGAGCGUAUUUUUCCCCCUUUUCGGAAUAGAAGCCAGUGGAUACUUUACUUCUAAGGAAUCUCCAAUUCAAAAAAUUUGGAUGUGGCUUUAUUCUCCCCAAAACACUGCGUUCUGUUAAGCUCUCGAUCUUUUUCCUCUUAAAAUCUGAAUGUAGAGAUCCUCUCCCAAUUUUGUCAGUUCCUUUACAUUUCUAUAAUUGCAUGAGUCCUUUCUAGCUGUUGGAAACCUGAAUGCUUUUAGACCCAAAUGGAAAAUUUCUGAAAUGCUGGAUUAUCUAUUUUUAAACAAGCGGUUGACUUAAAACUUAUUAUGGCAACUUCUGGAUUUCUGACAGUUCCCACUGGAAAAAAACAAAACAAAACAAAAAACAACACAAAAACAUAAAACAAAAACCCUGAGAGUACACUGGGAUCACUGGGACUCUGUCUUACGUGAAGGUUUGCUUGGGAUGAAAAAGGAUAUUGCAGCUUCAGCAGUGAUGAACUGUGUGUUUAAAAAAUGUGAAUUACUGUUAUUGUAUACUGUAAUUGAUUACAUGGGCCGGGGGGAGGUAUCAAAGAACUUGGCAGGUUGUGUUGAUGCUCUUAGUUGAGUCUUGAAAAGUAAAUAUUAACGCUACAGAAAUGCAUGAUUUUCAGUAUAUUUUUGUCUUUGUUUGCAUUGUAUAACUUUAACGAGUGAGUUGAAAAUUAUUUAAUUUCCUUAGGAAAAAAACCCGACACCGUUGAAAAUGCCGGUGUUACGAAGAAGAGAAAUGCACUGUUUUUAUUUUAUCUAAUUUAAAUUUACUUUCCCACUGUCUUUAAGUUGAGAAGAACUUAAGCUACGAGUCGCCGAUUUAGCUACGUUAACAAGGAAAAAAAAAAAAAAUGAGUGUUUACAACCAGGCUUCGAGAUUUGCAUGUGCGGUGUGCAUUUACUAACCCCAGACCCCUUCUAAUUGCACAGACCCCACGCCAGCUCCAGCUGAGGUGCGUCCAUUUCCCCAGAUGAGCAUUUGUAGGAUUCCUGCUGCACCGCUCCACCACAAUAGGUCGUUCUUUUUUUCCCCCCCCGUUGAAAAGAGGCUGUGGACUGAAAAAAAAAGGAAAAAAAGCCCCGGGCUGAAAGGCCUGGGAAGGCCUGAGUGACAGGGGGGCCGGGGGAGGGCAGGGGAAGGACUAUGUGUAUCCAAGCAGCAGAGACUGCAGCCUGACGUGUGGUUUUAAUGACCAACACGCAGGUCAAAAGCAUUUUGCACAGUGUUUGUUUUCCUGUCUUGCACUUACAAAUAAGGUCUAUGGGAGUAGCAUGGAAAACGUUUGCUGUUUUUUCCUUUUUUUUUUCUUUUUUUUUUUUCCUCUGCUUUUGUUUAAAAUUUGAUCGCCUUAACUACUGUAAACAUAGCCUAUUUUUGUGCUUAAGAUACUGAAUGGAAAACUCCAUUGUGUAUUGCUGGACUGUUUUGGAAAUAUUUGGUCAAAUGUGUGUUAAUUUGGCUGUAAUGGCAUUUAAAACAAAAAAAAAGCUGUGAAAAUGGCCUUGGAGCGUUAUCUUUAGUUACUUGAAUAGUUUCUAGGUUUUAAAACUACAUUCUUUUCUUAAGUUAGAGAAGACAAUCAGUGUCUGAGGAAAAUGGACUUUCUCUUGGAUUUUUUUGUGGUCCUCGUGAGUGAUUGCUUUUUUCCUUUCCUUAGUUUCACAUUCUUCUUUUGUUCUAAAACUUAGACUGACAUCUAGCUUUGACAAUCAUAGUAUGUUUUAUUUUCCUGAGGGGGGAAUAACUUAUAAUGCUGUUUAGUUUUGUACUAUUGGUGUGUUGGUGAAUUUUUAAACUGUGUGCUAACUGCAAUAAAUUAUAUGAACUGAGAAAUCAA